AUGUCAAGAAAUCCUUUGGUUUAUUUCAUAUUAUGGAUAUUACUUCAAGCAUUGGUUAAAGUAAAUUGUCAAAUGACGCCCUUUAAACCAAAUGUAUAUAGUCGUCAUACUGCUACACUCAUUGAUAAUAAAUUAUAUAUUUUGGAUGGAUAUGAUUUAAACAAAAAACAAAUAAAUGAAUUUUUUUACCUUGAUGUUUCUGUACCAUUUAAUACUCAAGAAUUAUCAUGGCAAGAUUUAUCAAAUAUUAAUAUGGUUCCACCUCAUUCUUCUGCAAUAUCAGUUAAAGGUGGUCCAAAUAAUGAUACACUAUUUUUAUACAGAGGACUCACAACUGAUCAAACAAUGGCAUUGGUAUAUGCAUUUGAUUCACAAAGUGUUGUGUGA